AUGCUAGAACAAUCUAAGAAUAUUUUAUAUAGGAUAGGCAAUUCAACUAUCGAUACUUUCGAUAUCUUUGGAUAACUGCCAAACUUUAGAGUACUUGAAAAAAAUAAGUACACUUCUGUGGUUGGUUGUUGUAUGACCUUCAUAAUAGGAACAGCUACAUUAAUUUAUUUAGUGACUGAAAUAACAACCCUUUUACAUAAGGCUGAACCUAAUGUUGUUACAUCUGAGCUGCAGAUAUUUGACUCAACAGUAAUAAUCAAUAGUAAUCAAAGUCUUUCCCACUUUAUAAUGAUAAUUUUACUCUAGCUGUCACAAUAGCAACUAAAAAUUCAGAACCUAUAUUAGGGUAACUGAAAUAUUAUAAUUUGACAAUGAGUCAUUGCAUCAGAGAAAGAUUGCUUAAUGAAACAACAGGGAAGGUUUAGGUGAAAUUGAAGUAAAUAUAAAUACUAUUUAGUUGUACUGAAUUGCCAAUUGCCCCUUGUUAAACUGAAGACUUUGAUAAUAAUUUAUAAAGAGAAUUUUUCAAAAAUACUAGAUUAGGCGUUGUUCAAUGUAUCAAUCGAACUAGGCUUAGAAAUAAUCCUCCUGUAAUUAUAAGAUAUUAAUUUAAGAUUCUGCAAGGUUAAAUCUCAGGAUAUAAGUACUAAUACUUAGUAAUUGAAUUGAGUAUAUGCAAAAAUAAUACAGAUUAUUAAGGUUGUGCUCCAAUUGAAGAGAUUAGAAAAGUAUUAUCAGCAGGUCAUUAUUCUGUGUAUGCAAGUGAUUAUUUGAUGCAAUUAAAUCAUCCUGGUUUGCCAUACUAAUAAUUAAUAAAUUUAGACAUUAAUAGUUUUUCCAUCUCAACCUCUAAAAUGUUAUAAUGGACAUACAGAANUUAACAUUUUAUAUGA